AUGGAAGCAACUGCGGGUACCUCGCACACAUGUGAGCAUGAGAUCGGUGGUAGAAACCUCAUCGUUUGCAUCGACGGUACCGCAAAUCAGUUCGGAGAGAAGAACACAAAUGUUAUCGAAUUGUACAAUUGCAUCCUAAAGGAGAGCGGGAACCAGAAAACUUGGUACAACAGUGGUAUCGGGACGUACGCCCAGGCAUCUUGGACAUCGUUCAAAUCCUACCGACAGGUCCUCUCUCAUAAGAUCGAUUUGGCGGUCGCACGGCAUUUUAAACGAACAAUAUUGGGUGCAUAUCGCUGGUUGUCUGAUAACUAUGAGCCUGGGGAUUGUAUAUUUCUUUUCGGGUUUUCUCGUGGCGCAUUCCAAGUUCGCGUACUCUCGGCAAUGAUUGACAAGGUCGGCCUGAUCCAUAAGGGAAAUGAGAUGCAGAUCCCAUUUGCAUACGAAAUUUAUGUGGACCCAAAAAGUGAUGAACCAACCUUAGCGAGCGCCAAGCGUUUCAAGGAGAUCUUCUCAUACAAAGAUGUACGAGUGCAUUUCGUUGGUGCCUGGGAUACCGUCUCGUCCAUCGGGAUUGCACGCGACAAGAUGCUUCCUCGGACGAUCGACGGGAUGAAACAUGUCUGCUUCUUCCGCCAUGCACUGGCGCUCGACGAGAAACGGGUCAGGUUCUUGCCCGAGUAUGCUUAUGGAGGUUUAGCCACAAAACCAGACGACAAGAAUCCUACAAGUGUCAAGCAUGGAGCCUUGGUAAAGCAAACCAUGGAAGUCUGGUUUCCGGGCGCGCACUCGGAUAUAGGUCGUCAUGGACCUGCUCUGAGGUGGAUGACGUUUCAAGCGGGGGCGCUCGGUCUUCGCACAAAACCAUUCGGGCGUGAGCUUAACGAGCAGAUUAAUGUCGAGAAGUCUUUGCAGGGGUUGUGGUGGCCGCUUGAGAUUUUGCCCUUAAGAAGAUUGACAUACACGAGGCGGGGCGAUGAUGGAAAAAAGACGACUCACAAGCCUCACCUCGGGUCAAGCCGAAAAAUACACGCUAAUCAGAAGAUCCAUGGUUCUCUCUUGCUGGCCGGUAAUUUGACGCCGGGGUACACUCCACAGGCACGUCCUUUGGAUGACGAUCUAUUAUUCUGGGAGAGAGUGCGUGAGGAGGGGCUCGGCAAUUGGCUGGAAUUGGACUUGUUCGACGCUGUGCGCGCCCAUGUGGAGAAGUUCAUCAAGCAGCAUGAUAGUACUGUGUGGCUGAUUUUUGCGCCAAAUUGCAACUGGGGGUAA